GAAACACGUUGUGUAAGUCAGGAAGCAUUGCUGUCUUCGGGAACGUGGUAUACAGCGGACUGCUGAACGAUCACCUCUGGCAUUUGGGAGUGCCCCUCUUUACAAGACUGCAUUGUCUUCUUCUUCUUCUCUUCAAUGAACUAAAACUGCCACAACUUCAGUGCAACAUCUCAGUCACAGACAGUGAAAAGAAGAAAGAGGAGCAAUCUGUUAGUCCUCCAGUAUCACCAGCAUCAUCAUCAACACAAGCCUCUCCCCCUCCUUCCCUCCUUCUCCCCCCCUCUUCCCCUCCGUCUUCCCCCCCUCAUCCCCGCAGAGCUCUCCACCACGACUCCCAGCUUCCUGCCUCCCCCCUUCCUCCCUCACCCUCCCAACCCCCCACCCCCACCUCCCUGGGACGCUGAAUUUUACAGUACCGUCUGCAGGAUCCCGGUUUGUUCGGCGCACUCCUCUAUGCAGAGCAACACGGCUCCGGUGGAGGAACGCUGGAGGCAGCUGUCAAGCGCAGGCUGCUGCUGCUGCUCUAGUUGAGCCUCGGCGCCGUACCGACUGAUUUCACAUUCACCAAUAAGAGACGGCACAGUGGGGAAAGAGAGAGAGAGCAGAGAGACAGAGGGAGAGUCUCGAACUGAGUGGUGUGGAGAGGCAAGUGGAGUGGAAGAGUGUCAAAAGAAAAAAGAGGUUACAACACCUCCCCAGCUCUCUUUCCUUUCUCCCAUCUGCUUCCCCCCCUCUUUCUUGUGUUGGCUCUGAGGAAGAAGAAGAGAAAGAAAAGGGGGCUUUUAAAAAUUAACUGAAGAGCAAGCUGCUUGUAGAGAAAGAAGCGAAAGAAGAAGAAGGGGGAAACCUCAAGUCAAGCCCCAUUGAACAGUUGAGAGGGAGGGCUGCCUCAGUGGAACAGGGACCAGUAAAGCUCUCUGUCCAAUCGCUCGGACUCCUCUUGACACCCACACUGGCUGGACUGGUCCCAGUGCUCGGCCCUUCUCUCCUCCACCCGCCUGCCCACAACUGUCCCGCAUCCACCAUGAUGAUGUACUUUUGGGGUAACCAAGAGGCCACUAACCCCCCAGAAGCAAUGGCCCAGCCGUACACCCCAGCCCAGUACCCGCCCCCCCCACAGAAUGGUAUCCCCGCAGAGUUUGCGGCACCACACCCGCUUCCAACGCAGGACUACACCGGGCAGAGCCGGGUUCCUGAGCACGCCAUGACCCUCUACACGCCCACACAGACGCACAGCGAGCCGGCCGGCACUGACAACAGCACGCCCGCCAUCACCGCCACCACGACCGCACCGGUCAGUGUCCAUCAUCUGCAAACACUGUUCUCAGCACGCUGUCAGCAAACAGAUGAUGUGACGCAAACAGAGGGCUCUCAGCAGCUCCAGCUCCAGCACUCAGACUCUUCAGAGAAGCAGCAGCCCAAAAGGUUACAUGUCUCCAACAUUCCCUUCCGCUUCCGGGACCCUGACUUAAGGCAAAUGUUUGGGCAAUUUGGAAAGAUUUUAGAUGUGGAGAUUAUCUUUAAUGAGCGAGGAUCCAAGGGCUUUGGGUUUGUAACUUUUGAAACAAGCACAGAUGCAGAUCGUGCACGGGAGAAACUAAACGGUACAAUCGUAGAGGGACGCAAAAUAGAGGUGAACAAUGCAACAGCACGAGUGAUGACAAACAAAAAAGUGGCCAACCCUUACACAAAUGGCUGGAAGCUGAAUCCAGUGGUAGGAGCUGUCUAUGGUCCUGAACUGUAUGCUGUUACAGGGUUUCCCUACCCUGCCACAGGCGCUACGGUGGCCUAUAGGGGUGCCCACUUGCGAGGUCGGGGGCGGGCUGUGUACAACACAUUCCGCACAGCUCCACCACCACCACCAAUCCCAGCUUACGGAGCGGUGGUGUACCAAGAUGGCUUCUAUGGUGCAGAGAUCUAUGGUGGCUAUGCAGCAUACAGAUUUGCCCAGCCCACCACCACCGCUGCUUACAGUGACAGCUAUGGCAGAGUCUAUGCAACAGCAGACCCCUACCACCACACGAUUGGCCCUGCCGCCACAUACAGUGUGGGAACUAUGGCUAGCCUAUACAGAGGAGGGUACAGUCGCUUCACUCCCUACUAAAAGAAAGAAAAAAAGACAGAGACAUUACCCCAACAAACAAACAAAAAACAAUCUAAAAAAAAAGACAAACUCAAAACAAGCAAACACCCGGUCCUUGGUGGAGAGCUAAAUCAAACAAAAAGCUUCCAGGUCCUAAUGCUGAGCCCCUCCCCUGACACCCUCUCAAGCCGAUAUUUCUACAGCAACCUAUUUGAUGUCAUCAUUGGUCUGCUAUUGUUUUUUUUUUGUAUUCAUUUUGUGCUUUUGGUUUUCUUUUGGAAAGUUUUAUGCACAUAUGCAUUACCUUGAUUGCUGAAUAUGGGUGCUGUGUCACCAUAACCAAUGUGAGCCUACUGCAGCACGCAUGAUGCAUGCUCAGAGGUGUGUGUAUGCAGCCGCUGUCAUCUGACUAAGAAUAUACUAGGGCAUUUUUAUGAUGUUUACAUGACAAACAGGAAACAUACUGGGUCUGAUCACAUAAACACUUAUCACUGAUCCAUCCCAGUUAAUUAUUUUUUACUUUUAUCUUCCAUUUAAGAUGCAGAAAUAAAGAGAUCAGUCCACACGGUGACUACAUGCCUUGGUAAUUCUUAGUUCAAAGACAGCACUGCUCUGAUUGCUUUUGUUUUCCUUUAAAAGUUGGACUGUCCUACUGUUGUGCACUUGUGCGUUACAUGCUGUACUAUGUGGUAUGACAGCAUGCAGAGUAAAGGGUUACACAUUUUCUGUCUUGGGCUCACAAUGCUCAUACUGCAGCUCAGUCUCCUGCAAAUUACUGUACGUUUGUAUGCAACUGUUCUGCAUUGGCGGUUAUGUUUUAGGGGGAACGCUGGCCGGGUUAUGUUCAGGGACAAAGUUGCGUAGCAUUUCAAAUGAGUACAGCCAAAGGUAAAUAUGUGGGGAUGAGCGUUUGUCUUUCCCGCCAUCAACUGGGGUUCACAUCUUGUCUCAUCCCUGUUUGGUAAAUGGCCACGUCUUUUAAACUUCUCUCCCCUAGUUUGUAACACUGAAAUUGGAUAGACAGACUGAUGACAUCAUUAGUGUUAUUUUUUCAGACUUUAUAAGGUUCCUCCAGAACAACAGAAGACAUUAUACAAGUGUUUUCAUAGGGCAAAUAGUUCCCCUAAUAAAGAGUGAAUUUAAAAAAAUAUAUAUAUAGUGUAGAAAUUAUAGAUUUUUAAAACGUUGGCACUGAAUGUUUUGCAGUUUGUAAGAUUAUAUGUAUAUCUGUCUGAUACGUUGAGUUUACCUAAAAAGU